AUGAAGAUGAGUUCAUCACUUGAGGAUGGGGCCGCGGGUGCUCUUGUAACCAAACAUUCAGGUGUCUUUCAACAGGUUGAUCAAGAUAUUCAUGGAAUGCAAGAAUGUGGUGAAACAUGUCAAGAGGAUAUGAAGAAGUUAUCUGCUGAUUUGUUGGGAAAGCUUGGUAAAAUGGCGCAAGGUGUUAAUGACUUGCUAAAUACAGCAGCAUCCAAAUGCAGACCUAUGAGUACUGAGGAGAAGAUUGAACUCGGGAAGCGCAUCCGAAAGCUCCCGGAGGAGGCACUUAAUCGUGUCGCGGAGAUAAUUACGGCUAGGAAACUGGCGAAUCAGAAAUCUGAUCAAAUAACCUUGAAGUUGGGAGAAUUGGAUGAUGCAACUUUAUGGAGGCUGUAUAACCAUGUGGAGUAUGUGCUAAAAGAAAACAGGAUAUGA